AUCUUGUUAUUACAACAUACAUGGCGGGAAAUACAGCGCAAAUAAGUGACUGUUAACAGAUAACUCGUUAUUUUAAGCACACGACUAGCGAGCGCCUUCACCAGGCGCCAGUGCGAGCAGACUGAGGAGGAGGGAGGGGAACUCGUGAGGGUGGAUUUGAAAAGAGAAAUAAAGGAAAGGCGAUUGCGAACUAACUCUCUUGCCUCUGGUACGGACAUGGGUGAAUGAGUACAUGGCAACUGAGAAUGUAUAUAUAAAAUUGUGACGUCACAGAAGCUACAAGAGCAAUGAGCCAGAAUCACCCCAGCACAGUUCCCCCUCCAGGGCAGACUGUGCAAAUAGUCCCACAACAAUUACCAAGCGGGAACUCUUGGAAUGGGAAGUUAAAGUUGCUGUCUAUAGUGCUGUCGAUCCUCUUUGGUAUUACUGUCAUAGUAACCUUAACUUCCUCGGAUGUUUUGGCACACAGCGCUCUGGGCCUGUGCAUAACUGCAGCUGUAGUUGGCAUCAUCAUCUUCGCCAGUUUCGCAAUAUGCAGGUAUUCAGGUAGAAGUCCGAGCCCUGCCAUUCAAAGCGGAACAAUACAAACCGUCCCUCAACAGAAUACUGGUGUACUUCAGUACCCUGGUAAUAUACCAACCGGGUAUCCAUUGCCUCCGCAGUGCCAAAACAUGGCUCCCGGUUCUCUGUCAGCCACUUACACAUAUACACCUUUAAAUUCCUCGACAGCUGGAAGUAACAACUCGUACGUUGGAAAGAAGGACUUUUGUCCCCCAGGCUUUCCAAGUCAUACACCAACCACAGGAGCCGCAUCGUCGGCUUCUUAUGCCCCUUACCCACCUACAAGUGCUUCCUUCCCAACUUCCCCAGAAUAUCAGCCACCGCCUUCGUUUGUACCUGGGUUCAGCCCCACAUCUUACCAUCAGGCACCUCCCUAUGGACAAAUGCCUGCCACAGGUCCUACAAUAGGGGCGCCAUCUGCUAGUGCCCCCGAAUUCGAUCCUCCUCCUCCCUACGCUCCUCCUCCUUACGAAAAAUGAAGCCAUCAUGAUUUUUUUUAUGAAGCAGAGUAAAAGUACACAAAGGUUCUUGUUCUAAGCUGAUUCUUUUAUAUUAUACAAUAUUGUAUCUUAAAUAUCUUCAAGUAAUUUUGAUAUCCAUACUCGUGUCCAAGUAUUAAACGAGAUUAACCGAUUUUUACUGCUCCUGGGGAAGAUUUCUGCUUUCCCCAUUCUCCUCAGGUCCCUGUAAUAUUGAGGAUUCAAUUAGGUGAUUUUUUAUCGUUUCUCUAUAACAGAGCCAAUAUUUUGCGAAGAACUUAUACUCUGGUCUCAGUUCUAAACAGUUUUCUUUAACCUUUUGAAUAUAUAAGUCAGCAAAUAUUAAUGGAUAAUCAUGGUAGGAUGCAUUCACAUGGUUACAAUGUGGAGCAAUCUAACAGGAUAUGAAAAUAAUGCAACAUAGGUGACUGUCACACAUAACCUAUGUCACAAAACUUAAUAUGGUACUUAACUGAAGAUGUGCGUACGUGUGUUUGUAUGUUAAUUAUUUUACAUACUAAUUGAUAGUAUAUUUUCUCAUCGAUCUGGAAUCUAAAUGACUCACUAUUCCAGUAACAUAAAUAUCUGUAUUUAUCCCGUAUUUUAUAUAGGAUUUCUGUAGAUGAGUUAAGUAAAAAUAAGUGUGAUGCUGUAGGUAUUAUGAACAUUUGCUUUGUCUGAUUAAAUCUUGUUUAUU